AUGAUUCAACUAAAAACAAUAUUAAACGUAAUCGAUAAUUCUGGUGCAAUAUUCGCAGAAUGUAUAAGAGUGGCCCACGGUGGUAGAUAUGGUCGAAUAGGCGACCCAAUAACAGUUGUAAUUAAAAAAGCAAAACCAAUUUCACAAGUAAUUUCCACAACAGCAGCAGCAAAUCCAUCUACCAAAUUACAAAUACGUAAAGGAGAAGUAAAGAAAGCUUUAAUUGUUCGAACUCGUAAGGAAACAAGAAGACCUGAUGGUAGAUAUAUCAGAUUUGAUGAUAAUGCUUGUAUCCUAUUAAAUAACCGUCAAGAACCUUUGGGUACCAGAGUUUUAGGUGUUGUAGGGGCUGAAUUGAGAGGUAAGAAAUGGGGGAAAGUCGUUAGUUUGGCACCUAGAGUUGUCUAA